CGCCAGCUGCGACGUUUAUUAUCAUUCUUGAUGUGUUGUAGGCGACAAGACUACUAACCACAGGCCUGCUGUUUGACCAUAAAAUUACGUGUCCUCGUUAUCUAUUUGAAGUGUCCAUCAUGCAGUUGAAUGAGGUGAAGGAGGCAGCGCUGUUGUCGUGGAUCAACAGUGUUUAUCCUGAGGAGCCCUUUACCAAAAUUAUCCAGUUGAUGGAUGGCCUUCGACUCCUUAAGUUUGCCUACAGAGUGCAGGGGAAAGAUUUCUGUGAUGGUUUGCUGGUGUCACCAUUUCCUAACGUGAUGGAAAUCAUCUUCGGUAUGCUACAGGCUGACUUCCAGUUCAGCCCGAGACAGGCCUCCCUCAUGUUGUGGAAAAUCAGUCAGGGAGUCGAGCUGGAGCUUCAGCUGGCCAAGGUGAUCCUUGUUCUUUGUUAUUGUGGUUUUAAAACAUACAACAUGGUGCCGUUGGACACAAAGUCAGGGUUGAUGAUCGCAUCCAUGUUUCACUUCAUAGAAGAUGAUGCUGAUGGUCUGUCCUUAGACGGAGGCCUAGACAGAUUCCUCACCAAAGCCUCUGUCAUGACUUUCUCCACCUCCAGCAGUGAGAACAGCUGCUGCUCGCCUUCGUACACUGAUGACGAGUCCCCGAUCUUCAGCCGAGUCCAGAACCCUCGCAGAGUUCAGUUUCAAGAGCAUUUCUCAGUGGCCUGCAGCUCCGUCAGCUCUCCAGUGCAGGAUGUUAUGAGCACGCCACAGUUGUUGAAGAGACUUCAGGAAGUAUUGGCACGUGAGGGAGAGCUCAAGAAAGAAUUGACCAAUCCAAUCAGCAUCAAUUUAGAGAAAGAGGGUGUGAUUUCGCAGUUACAGCACAGGGUGGAGCGGAUGCUGCGGGAACAAGGAGAGCUGGAGAAGGACCAUAAAGCUGCACUGCUGGAGCUCCAGGAGAAGAACGAGAGUCUUAUCCGCAGAGUGCAUGAGGUUGUGAAGCAAUGCCAAGACUUGAAAACCGAAAACACUGAGAAAAAGAAAAUUAUUGAUGUACUAACAAAGGAGAACCAAACUUUUGCUGCUCAGAUUUCCCUAAAGGAUGAAGAAAUCUCAAAUUUGAGGAACAAGUAUGACACUCUAAACCAUGAGCCGAAGCUUGUGAAGGAACAAAAUAUUGAAUUAAAAGAAGUGAUCAAAUCAAAUUGCCAAGUGCACGAGGACACUGUUAAGAAACUUCAGCAAGAGCUUGACUCUGCUUCUUCAGUUGCUUCAGAAAAACAAGAAGAACUGCUGGUUCUGUCAGUGGAGGUAACAUCUCUUAAAGAGCAGAUCUGCCGUUACAGUGAAAAUGAAGUGCGGAAACGACAAGAACUGUCUGUUUUAGAGGCACAACACGAUGUGUUGAAGGAAAAAUUGACGUCUCUACAGAAUCAGUUGGCCGAAGUGAAGGAAUCUGAGCUUAAACGGGAGCUUUGCCAUCAAACAAUGCUAAGAGAAAAAGCUCAGGAGCUCGAGAGGACUGUGAGGGAGCAUCAUACUGAAAUCUCCGCUCUUGCCUCGGAGAGAGAUGCUCAAAUAAGUUCUCUUAAAGCUGAAAUAAACUAUCAACAGCUGAGAUCCGAGAGGCUUCGAGCUCAGCUGGAACUGAAGGUGGAAAAGCAAAACAGCUCUAUUCUUGCUCUUAAAAACAUGGCUCGACAGUGGGAGCAGCAGAACGAGGAGCUCCUGGAGAAGCUGAAGAUCAUGUUCACACAGUUACAGCAUUACAGCGGUAAAAACAAGGAGGCGUUGGAGAUGAACAAAACUCUUGUGAACUCCCUGCAGGCCAGCAGGAGAGACGUGAGAGAUCUUCAGAUGGAAAGAGACCAGACGAAGGCCAAAGUCAAAAGCUUGGAGGCUCGGUUGAACUUCGCUGAAAGGCAUCUGGAAGGGUGGAGGAAGAUGACCGAGGACAGUGAGGAUGUGAGAUGCAGGGAAACACAGCAGGACACCAGCUACGACAGCUUUGAGCUGAACGAUUCAUUUAAAGCUAAUGCACAUGAUAUGCCUGGUAUCGCAGUGGAGGAUAAACCUGAGCAUACUGCAGAUGACUGGAUGCGUGUCGCAGAACUACAGGCUCGAAACAAAGCCUGUCUGCCUCACAUGAAGAGCAGCUACCCGCUGGAGUCCAGGCCCACUGUGGGACUUCCCUCGUUCACAUUAACGGAUGAGGACCUACGGAUGGGUGACCCGAAAGAGAGCAUUCGCCGUGCAGCUUUACACUUGCAUGAAUCACAGACUCUCAGACAGCCGGGAUCCCUGCUGCAGGACCUGAACACACCUGAGCAGCAGUACAGUGGCACAGGUGAGGCAAAGAAGUUGGCGAGCUGCAUCUCUCGGACCGUGAUGCUUAAGAGCAGGCAUGCUUACAGACUCUCAAAUGCUGAGCGAAGGCAGUCUGUUAUGUUCACCAUUGUUAACACCCCAAAACCCCAAAGAGGUAGUUUGCUGCAGCGAGGCCUGAAGCGUCGUAAGGAGGCCUGUAAGUCUCCCACAGUGAGCAGUCGUGCCCUGCAGCCUGCGAUGAGUGCCGCUAACAGCAGGUCGCCGCUCUCACUGAGAAAAUGUCCUCGCAACAAGUCUCCAAAAAAGGGAGAGCAGGAGAACUAACUCGGCUGGUCAUCUUUCCGGACUGUGAACAUUUUAGUUUGUUUUCUGUUCACUGUGUAAAUUGAUUGAAUAUGUGUUUUGGAAUAAUGUAUUUAAAAUAAAAGAUUUUUGUAA